UGUGGCUUGGGCAGCAUGAGAAGGAGGGGCGACGCUUUCGCUUGUAGGAGGGAGCUGUUUUAAACAGAGGACACUUCCUGCCUCCGAGCUCAGUUCCUGUAGCAGAGAUCGGAUAGGAGGGAUGGCAGAGAAUAGCUCCGAUUUCAGCGGCUCCGGCUGCCGGAGGUGUUCCGUUCUUUCGCCGGGGGAGAGAGCGCAGAUGCCUGGGAUCGGGGACUCCAAGUGGGUCCGGCUGAACGUGGGGGGCACGUACUUCCUGACGACCCGGCAGACGUUGUGCCGAGACUCGAAAUCGUUCUUGUACCGACUGUGCCAGGCCGACCCCGACCUCGACUCCGAUAAGGAUGAAACUGGUGCCUAUUUAAUUGACCGAGACCCCACCUACUUUGGCCCUGUGCUGAACUACCUGAGGCAUGGCAAACUGGUCCUCAACAAAGACCUGGCAGAGGAAGGUGUGUUGGAGGAGGCCGAGUUCUAUAAUAUCACAUCGCUGAUAAAGCUCACGAAGGACAAGAUCAGGGAGAGAGACUGCAGGACAUCACAGGUGCCUGUGAAACAUGUCUACAGAGUUCUGCAGUGCCAGGAAGAAGAGCUCACACAGAUGGUUUCUACGAUGUCUGACGGCUGGAAGUUUGAGCAGCUUGUCAGCAUAGGUUCCCCGUAUGGCUACGGGCGGGACCCCCAGUCAGAGUUUCUGCUGAUUGUGUCGAGGGAGGUGAAGGGAGAGGAGACCGGCGUCCCUGGCGGCAGUGGCGAGUUGGUCAGUAUUGGUUCGUCCUAUAACUACGGAAACGAAGACCAGGCUGAGUUCUUGUGUGUCGUCUCCAAGGAGCUGCACAACCAAUCUUACGGCACAAGCAGUGAACCCAGUGAAAAAGCCAAGAUUCUUCAGGAGAGAGGAUCGAGAAUGUGAAGAGACAGUAUUGAACCCUAAACUAUUGUACUCAGCUGCGUUCCAAGCAGAAAGACAGACACAUCGCCGCUGACGAAGAGUACCUGACAAACAAGGGAGCGCAAACAGGAGAGACUGCUUGCGGCCUACAUGCUUUUUUUUGUCAUUUU